GUCUUUAUUUUAUCCUGGGAGCUAUAGCCACCGCCCUUCAGAUCCUUUGCUAUUCUCUCAGAGGUUAAAUCAGCCAUAAGAGUGUCGAUCGAUUGCAAGCAGAUCGAACUUGAAGACCAUGACUUACCAAGUGCCAGUUAAACGUAUCAUAACUAAGGACGACUUGGAAGAGUUUUUACAGUCAGAUGCUUAUAAUGAUUACAUCAGUCUAAUUGAGAGACUUAAUAAAUCAGUCAAGAACAUGAAGAUCGAUUCGGACGUUAAUAUAUCACAGAGCGUACAAAAAAUUCUUGAUAUUCUGGAAACAGUGCUAAAAUGGAUAGACGAUUGCCCACCAGUUGAAAACUCAACAUCACGUUUUGGAAAUCCCGCUUUCAGAAGUUUUUAUGACAAAAUUGAAAAUUCAAUCGGUGAUCUUCUACAUGGACUCGUUCCAGAACCGGCCAUUGUUGAAGCAGGAAAAUACUUCCAAGAGAGUUUCGGCAAUAAAAAGAGAAUUGAUUAUGGUACAGGCCACGAAGCAAACUUUAUGGCAUGGCUAUUAUGCUUGGAGAAAUUAGACGUACUGAAGGAAGAAGACGACCAAGCAGUAGUACUGCGCGUUUUUGUAAAAUAUCUUAAAGUUAUGAGACGACUUCAAUUUAUCUAUUGGCUGGAACCAGCAGGCUCUCAUGGUGUCUGGGGUCUGGACGACUAUCAUUUUUUACCGUUCAUGUUCGGAUCAGCACAACUAUAUGACCAUAAAUAUAUCAAACCAAAAUCGAUUCAUGAUACAGAAACAGUCGAGGAAUUUUCGAAAUCGUAUAUGUACCUUGCUUGUAUUCACUUCAUCAACUCUGUUAAAACAACUGCAUCAUUACGUUGGCAUUCACCUAUGUUGGAUGAUAUAUCUGCUUGUAAAUCAUGGGCGAAAGUAAAUCAAGGAAUGAUCAAAAUGUACAAAGCCGAAGUGCUGGCGAAGCUACCCAUUAUGCAGCAUUUUAUGUUUGGUACAUUAAUUCAUUUUGAUGGAGGACACGUACAAUCUGAGGAUAUGGAAGAUGAAUGUGGUCAUCAUCACAACAAGGCUGACGCAGGAGAUGUGUACGCCUUAGGGCAAGAGCAUCCAGAGUGCUGCGGUAUACCAGUCCCUAGCGCCAUUGCAGCUGCAGCUUUACGCGAAAAAUCCAAGGGAAAUGGUCUACGACCGAUCCCUUUUGAUUAAAAUAUAGUGUAAUAAAGAUCUUAAGUUGCAAAAGCCCACCUGACCGAGCCUCUUAUGGAAAAAUGUACUCACUUUAUGGAGUUCUAAUGAAGUUUUUUUGUUUGUUUGCUGAUUUGUAUGAUUCAAAAUCCUCUUGAAGUUUGACACUUCGAUCCCAUUCAACCUCCCAAUUGCAAAUCUAUUCUUGUUCUUCCUUUGUAUACAAACCCUUUUUUUCAAAAUUUAUUGAACUUCCAAUAUAGCAAAGAACAAGCACUUCCAAAUAAAAGAGGAAUACCGCUGCUAUCGGCAGAAAAUGACCAGAAAAUUAAAAUAUAUUGAGCGAACGUCGA